AAGUGAUAUGUUAUUAUAUGGAUGUACUCGUAUUGAAGUUGGUGUUUAAUCAAUUUAUGAAGAUAGUAAUUAUUAUAAUUUUAUAAUUAAGUUGCAAGAGAUACUAAUAGAGGACAUACAGUUGAAUCAGUCAAGAAAUGUUUUGCAAUGAGCAAAGAUAGUGGAUAUAAAGUAGUAACACAUAUGAUGCCUGAUUUACCUAAUAUGGGAGUAGAAAGAGAUUUAGAAAGUUUUAAAGAGUUUUUUGAAAAUCCUGAUUUUAGACCAGAUGGAUUGAAAGUAUUUUAGUAUUUAAAAUUAGAUAUAUCCAACUCUUGUUAUUAGAGGUACUGGAUUAUAUGAAUUAUGGAAAAAUGGAUAAUAUAGAAAUUAUCCACCUGAUUUCUUAGUUGAUGUUGUUGCUAAAAUACUUGCUUUAGUUCCACCUUGGACUAGAGUCUAUAGAAUUUAAAGAGAUAUUCCUAUGCCUUUAGUUACAUCAGGAGUUGAUAAUGGAAAUUUGAGAGAAUUAUCAUUAUAAAGAAUGAAAGAUUUAAAUGUUGCUUGUAGAGAUGUUAGAACUAGAGAAGUUGGAAUUAAAGAAGUUCAUCAUAAAAUUAAACCAGAAUAAGUUGAAUUAAUUAGAAGAGAUUAUACAGCUAAUGAUGGAUGGGAAACAUUUCUAUCAUAUGAAGAUCCUUCUUAAGAUAUUUUAAUAGGAUUAUUGAGACUUAGAAGAUUGGAUAAACAUACAUUCAGAAAAGAAUUAAUUUAGGAACCUACUUCUAUGGUUAGAGAAUUGCAUGUAUAUGGUUCAGUAGUACCAAUACAUUCAAGAGAUCCUUCUAAAUUUUAACAUUAAGGAUAUGGUACAUUACUUAUGGAAGAAGCAGAAAAAAUUGCAAGAGAAGAACAUGGUAGUACUAAAAUGGCAGUUAUUGCAGGAAUUGGAACAAGACAUUAUUAUCGUAAAUUAGGAUAUCAUACUGAAGGAGUAUAUAUGGUUAAAAAAUUAGUAUGA